UCUCACAUGCAGCCCUCAGUAGUCAGUCGACAGAGUAGAUUUCAGUCAAGUAGUAUAAAGAACAGUGCACUUUGGUGGUUCUUCUCGUGGAGCCCAACAGGCCCCAUUAAGGCUUGCUGUUUAUUCUCAAAGAGCUACAGGUAUAUGAGAGGACAGACAUGAGAAUAAUCAACCUUCUUCUACCACCCUGUCCUCAGGACUAGGACUAUAGGCAGAUUCAGUAGACCAGAGACUUUAUGUUCCUCUCACUGAAGACUCAAAGACUCUGAUUGAGGCCUGCUUGUUUUUGUCAUUUGGAGUGGUCACCUUUUACCACCCUAUUUUCGGAUAGACUAAUUUCUUGGUAGAAAAGGUUUGUACACAGCUUUCCUCCUGGAUUACUUCUGGAGAUUAGUGAUGGGGAAUGCGGCUGCAGGGGGCUUGGAGCAGGAACCGACUGAGGGACGAGAAGCCAGGAACUCAGUCGGGGCAGCUUCAGGAAUGAGUGACCCCGCUUCUACCUUGCAGAAGAAGCAACCGGCUCCCCCCAAACUGCCCAUGCCCCCAGAGAAGGAGCUGGAGGAGCGCUUCAAUGUGGUGCUGAGCUACAUGAACUUACCUCCAGAUAAACUGAAGCUGUUGAGCCAGUAUGACAAUGACAAGAAGUGGGAACUAGUCUGUGAUCAGGAGCGUUUCCAGGUGAAGAGCCCCCCUUCCACUUACCUGGCUAAGAUCAAGAGCUUCUACCAGGAUCAAGGAGGAGUGUCUCGCAGACUGAAGAAGCGGAUCCAAGAGGCCACCCAGGUCCUUAAAGAUUUGGAGAUAUCACUCCGCACCAAUCACAUCGGAUGGGCUCAAGAGUUUCUUAAUGACCAGAACAAAGGUUUGGAUGUUCUCGUGGAGUACCUGUCCCAUGCACAGAGUGACGCCUCGUUUGAUGUGGAGAGUUUUGAAAAUGGUGGCACCCUGUCAGACAGAGGAAAACCUGUGGAGAGGUCCAUGGAAGACUUGACAAAAAGCCCCAGCAGCUCCCAGUCACACGGGAUGACCAGAGCUGCUCGCGCUCUGACUGUCAGAAUAAGCUCCACUCUAGGGAACAAGAUGCAUAAGAAGUCCCAUACGUCCUACCAGAGAGAUGAUGUACAUGUGUGCAUAAUGUGUCUGCGAGCCAUCAUGAACUACCAGUCUGGGUUUAAUCUGGUGAUGACUCACCCUCGCUGUGUCAAUGAGAUCACCCUCAGUCUCAACAGCAGGAAUCCCAGGACCAAAGCUCUUGUGUUGGAGCUGCUGGCUGCUGUGUGUCUCGUCAGAGGAGGACAUGACAUCAUUCUCUCUGCUUUUGACAAUUUUAAAGAGGUGAGCAGAGAAAAGAACCGUUUUGAGAAGCUGAUGGAGUACUUCAUCAAUGAUGACAGCAACAUAGACUUCAUGGUGGCCUGCAUGCAGUUUAUUAACAUCGUGGUCCAUUCAGUGGAGAACAUGAACUUCCGAGUUCAUCUACAGUAUGAGUUCACUCACCUCGGGCUGGACAAAUAUCUAGAGGGUCUGAAGGUUACAGAGUCAGAGAAGCUGCAGGUGCAGAUCCAGGCUUACCUGGACAAUGUGUUGGAUGUAGGAGCCCUACUGGAGGACGCUGAGAACAGAGGAGGGGUGCUGGAGCACGUGGAUGAACUGCAGGAGCACAACUCACAGCUGAGCGGUCGGCUUCAGGAGAUCGAGAAUCUGUCGGGAGAGAGGAUAUCUGAACUGGAGACUCAGCUCAUGCAGGCCACCAAGGAGGCCGAGCUGCUCAAAGAGAGUCUGAGAGAGUCCUGUUCUCAGGUCAGCUCCUUGCAGCAGAGAGAGCGAGAGCGGGAGCUGGACAGGGAGCGGGAGAGGGACAGGGAGCGUCUGAGCACCUUCGCCCCUCAGAUGUCCUCAGAGCUGGAGCAGAAGAUCCAGGAGCUGCAGGACAAAGGGUUGAUUCGACUGGGACGCAGCGCCUCGGGAGGUCUGGACAUCCAGGUGGUGCCUGUGACGGUGGUCGAAUACCUCCAAGCACCGGCCUCAGCUGACCCUCCUGCUGCUGCGUCCUCUGUCACUGAUUCUGAAUCCCAACAGACCAGCCAUUCAGGCCCUCCACCUCCACCUCCCCCUCCACCUCCUCCUGGGGGACCAGCGUCUGUUGCCUCUCCACCUCCACCUCCACCUCCGCCACCUCCACCCCCACCUCUACCAGGAGCUCCCCCACCUCCACCUCCUCCUCCUCUUCCCGGUAGUGGACCCCCACCUCCUCCUCCUCCUCCUCCUCCUCCUGGUUCUGGACCCCCACCUCCCCCUGCCCCACCUGGUGGCGGACCCCCACCUCCUCCUGGAGCACCAAAUGCUCAGUCUGGGCUCAAGACAAAGAAACCCAUUCAGACCAAGUUCAAGAUGCCUUUGUUAAACUGGCAGGCCUUAAAACCAAACCAGGUGACAGGCACAGUCUUCAAUGAACUGGAUGACGAGCAGGUCUUAGGGGAGCUGAACAUGGAGAUAUUUGAGGAACAGUUUAAGACUCGGGCACAGGGUAAUCCAAAAGACCUGGCCAAGAUCAACAAGAAGGUACUCCAGAGGGCCCCCAGCAAGACCACCCUGAUUGACGGCAAUAAGGCCAAGAAUCUGGCCAUCACUUUACGCAAGGGGGGGAUGAACCCAUCAGGACUCUGCACCGCUAUCGAGACGUACGACCAGCAGUCUCUGUCCGUAGACUUCCUGGAGUUACUCGAGCACUUCAUACCGUCAGAUUUCGAGAUGAAGCUGCUUCUGAACUACGAGAAAGAUGGGCGCCCGCUCGAGGCACUGACUGACGAGGACCAGUUUAUUUUACGCUUUGGGAAGAUUCCUCGUCUAAAGCAGCGAAUAAACACUCUCAUCUUCAUGGGCAACUUCCCAGAGACUGUCAAACACCUGCAGCCGCAACUGAACUCCAUUAUUGCUGCAUCAAUGUCCGUCAAGUCUUCAGCCAAACUGAAGAAGAUCUUAGAGAUUAUUCUCGCCUUUGGAAACUACAUGAACAGCAGUAAAAGGGGCGCCGUUUACGGGUUUCGGCUGCAGAGUCUGGACCUUCUGUUUGAGACCAAAUCGACUGACCGCUCCCAGACGUUACUUCAAUUCAUCACCAGCAUCAUCCAGGAAAAAUACCCCGACUUGGCAGAUUUCCACACCGAGCUACACUUUGUAGACAAGGCAGCACUUGUAUCACUGGAUGGCAUUCUUCAGGAUAUCCGCUCAUUAGAACGAGGAAUGGAGAUGGCAAAAAAGGAAUUCCUGGUGCAGGAUGACAUUCCUGUGCUGAAGGAUUUCAUUAAAACCAACAGUGAGCAGCUGGAAACUUUCAUCAAAGACAGCAAGACAGCACAGGAGGCGUACUUAUCUGUGGUGGAGUAUUUCGGUGAGAACCCCAAAACCACACAGCCUUCCAUGUUUUUCCCGGUGUUUGUACGCUUGAUAAGGGCCUAUAAGGCAGCACUGCAGGACAUCGAGCAGAAAAAGAAAAUGGAGAGAGAGAGCAAAGAGGGAAAAGACACCGUGUCUCCAAACAAGCCUGGGGCUCAAAAGGGGCCUAUGAUGCCUAAGAUGCCACAGAUGGACCUGAUAGCUGAGCUGAAGAAGAGGCAGGUGAAACCACAGGUACGCGAAGGGAAGGAUGGCGCCUUGGAGGACAUCAUCACAGAUUUAAGGAACACACCGUUCAGGCCGACAGAUGGUCGUCGGCCGGCACAGCGCCAGGACACUUGAGCUACUUCUGUUCAAAGACUUUUUUUUUUUAAAUAAUGAAACGGAACCACUUAUAAGCAUACAGAUAAAAGAACAGGAUUUAAACUUUCUGUAUAUAGUUUAUGAAACAUAUCUAUUAAGCGAUUUGGCAGUGUGUAUUUUUGCAAACAUUUUAGCGUGAAUUUGCUGUGUAAAUAGAGAUUGAAUUAUUGAAUAUUUCUAUUAAAAACGUCCAUGAAUUUGAUUUCAAAUCUGUUAAAAAAAAACAAAAAAACUAUUUUGAUUAUUACUGUGUUGCCUCAUGGCUUUGUAUGCUCUAAAUUUGUCGUGUUGUUAUCUAUUCAGUAUCAAGACAAACUUCACUUUAAAUAAACACACUUUUGAACCAA